AUGCUUGCCUUGUUUGCAUUUAGCUUUGGUACAGAUAAUUCUGUUGUUGGAACCACAGCUUCAUUCAAUAUAUCCGGUGUAGCAUUAUCAGACACUGGAACAACUUCAUCUUUAGAUGACGACUGUCCGUCAGGAACAACUUCAUCUUUAGAUGACGACUGUCCGUCAGGAACAACUUCAUCUUUAGAUGACGACUGUCAGUCAGGAACAACUACAUCUUUAGAUGACGACUGUCCAUCAGGAACAACUUCAUCUUUAGAUGACGACUGUCCGUCAGGAACAACUGCAUCUUUAGAUGACGACUGUCCGUCAGGAACAACUUCAUCUUUAGAUGACGACUGUCCAUCAGGAACAACAUCAUCUUUAGAUGACGACUGUCCAUCAGGAACAACAACAUCUUUAGAUCACGACUGUCCGUCAGGAACAACAACAUCUUUAGAUGACGACUGUCCAUCAGGAACAACAACAUCUUUAGAUGACGACUGUCAAUCAGGAACAACUACAUCUUUAGAUGACGACUGUCCAUCAGGAACAACAACAUCUUUAGAUCACGACUGUCCGUCAGGAACAACAACAUCUUUAGAUGACGACUGUCCAUCAGGAACAACUUCAUCUGUAGAUGACGACUGUCCGUCAGGAACAACUGCAUCUUUAGAUGACGACUGUCCAUCAGGAACAACUUCAUCUGUAGAUGACGACUGUCCGUCAGGAACAACUGCAUCUUUAGAUGACGACUGUACAUGUCCGUCAGGAACAACUUCAUCUUUAGAUGACGACUGUCCGUCAGGAACAACUUCAUCUUUAGAUCACGACUGUCCAUCAGGAACAACUACAUCUUUAGAUGACGACUGUCCAUCAGGAACAACAACAUCUUUAGAUGACGACUGUCCAUCAGGAACAACAACAUCUUUAGAUGACGACUGUCCAUCAGGAACAACUACAUCUUUAGAUGACGACUGUCCAUCAGGAACAACAACAUCUUUAGAUGACGAAUGUCCAUCAGAUACAACUUCAGCUUUAGAUGACGAUUGUCCGUCAGGAACAACUGCAUCUUUAGAUGACGACUGUCCGUCAGGAACAACUUCAUCUUUAGAUGACGACUGUCCAUCAGGAACAACAACAUCUUUAGAUGACGACUGUCCAUCAGGAACAACAACAUCUUUAGAUGACGACUGUCCGUCAGGAACAACUACAUCUUUAGAUGACGACUGUCCAUCAGGAACAACAACAUCUUUAGAUGACGACUGUCCAUCAGGAACAACAUCUUCAGAUGACGACUGUCCAUCAGGAACAACAACAUCUUUAGAUCACGACUGUCCGUCAGGAACAACUACAUCUUUAGAUCACGACUGUCCAUCAGGAACAACAACAUCUUUAGAUCACGACUGUCCGUCAGGAACAACUUCAUCUUUAGAUGACGACUGUCCAUCAGGAACAACAACAUCUUUAGAUGACGACUGUCCAUCAGGAACAACAACAUCUUUAGAUCACGACUGUCCAUCAGGAACAACAUCUUUAGAUCACGACUGUCCGUCAGGAACAACUACAUCUUUAGAUGACGACUGUCCAUCAGGAACAACAACAUCUUUAGAUGACGACUGUCCAUCAGGAACAACUUCAUCUUUAGAUGACGACUGUCCGUCAGGAACAACAACAUCUUUAGAUCACGACUGUCCAUCAAGAACAACUACAUCUUUAUAUCACUACUGUCCGUCAGGAACAACUACAUCUUUAGAUGACGACUGUCCAUCAGGAACAACAACAUCUUUAGAUGACGACUGUCCAUCAGGAACAACAACAUCUUUAGAUGACGACCGUCCAUCAGGAACAACAACAUCUUUAGAUGACGACUAUGACGACUGUCCAUCAGGAACAACAACAUCUUUAGAUGACGACUGUCCGUCAGGAACAACUACAUCUUUAGAUCACGACUGUCCAUCUACAUCUUUAGAUCACGACUGUCCAUCAGGAACAACUUCAUCUUUAGAUGACGACUGUCCGUCAGGAACAACUACAUCUUUAGAUGACGACUGUCCAUCAGGAACAACAACAUCUUUAGAUCACGACUGUCCGUCAGGAACAACAACAUCUUUAGAUCACGACUGUCCGUCAGGAACAACUACAUCUUUAGAUGACAACUGUCCAUCAGGAACAACAACAUAUUUAGAUGACGACUGUCCAUCAGGAACAACUUCAUCUUUAGAUGACGACUGUCCGUCAGGAACCACAACAUCUUUAGAUCACGACUGUCCAUCAGGAACAACUACAUCUUUAGAUGACGACUGUCCGUCAGGAACAACUACAUCUUUAGAUGACGACUGUCCAUCAGGAACAACAACAUCUUUAGAUGACGACUGUCCAUCAGGAACAACAACAUCUUUAGAUGACGACUGUCCAUCAGAUACAACUUCAGCUUUAGAUGACGACUGUCCGUCAGGAACAACUGCAUCUUUAGAUGACGACUGUCCGUCAGGAACAACUUCAUCUUUAGAUGACGACUAUGACGACUGUCCAUCAGGAACAACAACAUCUUUAGAUGACGACUGUCCAUCAGAUACAACUUCAGCUUUAGAUGACGACUGUCCGUCAGGAACAACUGCAUCUUUAGAUGACGACUGUCCGUCAGGAACAACUUCAUCUUUAGAUGACGACUGUCCAUCAGGAACAACAACAUCUUUAGAUGACGACUGUCCAUCAGGAACAACAACAUCUUUAGAUGACGACUGUCCGUCAGGAACAACUACAUCUUUAGAUGACGACUGUCCAUCAGGAACAACAACAUCUUUAGAUGACGACUGUCCAUCAGGAACAACAUCUUUAGAUGACGACUGUCCAUCAGGAACAACAACAUCUUUAGAUCACGACUGUCCGUCAGGAACAACUACAUCUUUAGAUCACGACUGUCCAUCAGGAACAAUAACAUCUUUAGAUCACGACUGUCCGUCAGGAACAACUUCAUCUUUAGAUGACGACUGUCCAUCAGGAACAACAACAUCUUUAGAUGACGACUAUCCAUCAGGAACAACAACAUCUUUAGAUCACGACUGUCCAUCAGGAACAACAUCUUUAGAUCACGACUGUCCGUCAGGAACAACUACAUCUUUAGAUGACGACUGUCCAUCAGGAACAACAACAUCUUUAGAUGACGACUGUCCAUCAGGAACAACUUCAUCUUUAGAUGACGACUGUCCGUCAGGAACAACAACAUCUGUAGAUCACGACUAUGACGACUGUCCAUCAGGAACAACAACAUCUUUAGAUGACGACCGUCCAUCAGGAACAACAACAUCUUUAGAUGACGACUGUCAAUCAGGAACAACUACAUCUUUAGAUCACGACUGUCCGUCAGGAACAACUACAUCUUUAGAUGACGACUGUCCAUCAGGAACAACAACAUCUUUAGAUGACGACUGUCCGUCAGGAACAACUACAUCUUUAGAUGACGACUGUCCAUCAGGAACAACAACAUCUUUAGAUCACGACUGUCCGUCAGGAACAACUACAUCUUUAGAUCACGACUGUCCAUCUACAUCAUUAGAUCACGACUGUCCAUCAGGAACAACUUCAUCUUUAGAUGACGACUGUCCGUCAGGAACCACUACAUCUUUAGAUGACGACUGUCCAUCAGGAACAACAACAUCUUUAGAUCACGACUGUCCGUCAGGAACAACAACAUCUUUAGAUCACGACUGUCCGUCAGGAACAACAACAUCUUUAGAUCACGACUGUCCAUCAGGAACAACUACAUCUUUAGAUGACGACUGUCCGUCAGGAACAACUACAUCUUUAGAUGACGACUGUCCAUCAGGAACAACAACAUCUUUAGAUGACGACUGUCCAUCAGGAACAACAACAUCUUUAGAUCACGACUGUCCGUCAGGAACAACUACAUCUUUAGAUCACGACUGUCCGUCAGGAACAACAACAUCUUUAGAUCACGACUGUCCAUCAGGAACAACUACAUCUUUAGAUGACGACUGUCCAUCAGGAACAACAACAUCUUUAGAUCACGACUGUCCGUCAGGAACAACUUCAUCUUUAGAUGACGACUGUCCAUCAGGAACAACUACAUCUUUAGAUGACGACUGUCCAUCAGGAACAACAACAUCUUUAGAUGACGACUGUCCAUCAGGAACAACUACAUCUUUAGAUGACGACUGUCCUUCAGGAACAACAACAUCUUUAUAUCACGACUGUCCGUCAGGAACAACUACAUCUUUAGAUCACGACUGUCCAUCAGGAACAACUUCAUCUUUAGAUCACGACUGUCCGUCAGGAACAACUACAUCUUUAGAUGACGACUGUCCAUCAGGAACAACAACAUCUUUAGAUCACGACUGUCCGUCAGGAACAACUACAUCUUUAGAUCACGACUGUCCAUCAGGAACAACUUCAUCUUUAGAUGACGACUGUCCGUCUGGAACAACUACAUCUUCAGAUGACUACUGUCCAUCAGGAACAACAACAUCUUUAGAUCACGACUGUCCGUCAGGAACAACAACAUCUUUAGAUCACGACUGUCCGUCAGGAACAACUACAUCUUUAGAUGACGACUGUCCAUCAGGAACAACAACAUCUUUAGAUGACGACUGUCCAUCAGGAACAACUUCAUCUUUAGAUGACGACUGUCCGUCAAGAACAACAACAUCUUUAGAUCACGACUGUCCAUCAGGAACAACUUCAUCUUUAGAUGACGACUGUCCGUCAGGAACAACAACAUCUUUAUAUCACGACUGUCCAUCAGGAACAAGUACAUCUUUAGAUCACGACUGUCCGUCAGGAACAACAACAUCUUUAGAUCACGACUGUCCAUCAGGAACAACUUCAUCUUUAGAUGACGACUGUCCGUCAGGAACAACUACAUCUUUAGAUGACGACUGUCCAUCAGGAACAACAACAUCUUUAGAUCACGACUGUCCGUCAGGAACAACUACAUCUUUAGAUGACGACUGUCCAUCAGGAACAACAACAUCUUUAGAUGACGACUGUCCAUCAGGAACAACAACAUCUUUAGAUGACGACUGUCCAUCAGGAACAACAACAUCUUUAGAUCACGAUUGUCAGUCAGGAACAACUACAUCUUUAGAUCACGACUGUCCAUCAGGAACAACAACAUCUUUAGAUCACGACUGUCCAUCAGGAACAACUACAUCUUUAGAUGACGACUGUCCAUCAGGAACAACAACAUCUUUAGAUCACGACUGUCCGUCAGGAACAACUACAUCUUUAGAUGACGACUGUCCAUCAGGAACAACAACAUCUUUAGAUCACGACUGUCCGUCAGGAACAACUUCAUCUUUAGAUGACGACUGUCCAUCAGGAACAACUACAUCUUUAGAUGACGACUGUCCAUCAGGAACAACAACAUCUUUAGAUCACGACUGUCCGUCAGGAACAACAACAUCUUUAGAUCACGACUGUCCGUCAGGAACAACUACAUCUUUAGAUGACGACUGUCCAUCAGGAACAACAACAUCUUUAGAUGACGACUGUCCAUCAGGAACAACUUCAUCUUUAGAUGACGACUGUCCGUCAGGAACAACAACAUCUUUAGAUCACGACUGUCCAUCAGGAACAACUUCAUCUUUAGAUGACGACUGUCCGUCAGGAACAACAACAUCUUUAUAUCACGACUGUCCAUCAGGAACAACUACAUCUUUAGAUCAAGACUGUCCGUCAGGAACAACAACAUCUUUAGAUCACGACUGUCCAUCAGGAACAACUUCAUCUUUAGAUGACGACUGUCCGUCAGGAACAACUACAUCUUUAGAUGACGACUGUCCAUCAGGAACAACAACAUCUUUAGAUCACGACUGUCCGUCAGGAACAACUACAUCUUUAGAUGACGACUGUCCAUCAGGAACAACAACAUCUUUAGAUCACGACUGUCCGUCAGGAACAACUUCAUCUUUAGAUGACGACUGUCCGUCAGGAACAACAACAUCUUUAGAUCACGACUGUCCAUCAGGAACAACUACAUCUUUAGAUGACGACUGA